AUGUCCUGGCCAUACGCCUUGGUUCCAGUAUCCAGCAAGAAAAGCUGGAGGGGCAAUACGUUGUACUUGUCUUUUCAGUCAGCACGGAAAUCGCCAGUCAACGGCCUUCUCUCGUUUGCGCAAGCUCGAAAGAAAUUGGAGAAAAUAUUCCCGCGCGACGACCCAAAGUCCGCCUCUGGGGUGGUGUGGACCGGCUACGAGACGCUGGCUCAGCCUGGUGACCACCAACGAGACCGAGGUCGCCAAGAUCUCAGCCUCGUCUUCCGCAACAUUAAAAGACGCCCCCUCGCCUCCCUGUUCCCGCUGACCUUUGCCACAGAUGACGACCCUGCAGCCGGCGGGUCAAGGAGACCAGUCAACCUCACUGACCUGUCACUCCUGACAGGACAGUCCAUCGAGAAGAUCACUGCCAAGGCGCGGCAGCUCCAGAAGGUGCGGGACCUGGCCGUGACGAUGCAUCAGGGGCACCCCACCGCCAACGAGGACGAGGAUGACGAGGAGGCCGCAGAUGCUGCGCUCGCAACGGCCGACACUCAAGAUUAUGUUGUAUGGACUUCAUAUUUCGUAGGCCUAUUUCACCGAGUCAUCUCCUAUGAGGCCCAUCAGCUCAAGAACUGCCGCACUCGGCGCGCCGUAGCAGUUGACAAGAUACUCGCCGCAAAGAAGUGGCUACUUUGGGACCCAGCGUGGAAGGCGGACCUCGAGCUCCUCGACAACUUCUCGCCUUCAGACCCGCUCUCUGGCUACCGGCUAGCCAGCAAAGAGGACUGGCCUGUAACCCUGCAGAACUACGCCCGGAAAUAUGGCAAGUGGACCUUGUGGAUACUGGACCCCGCCGUCUUCGCGACGCUGAUGAACCCGAGACAGAUGCAGCUACGAGUAAACAUGGAGGUAGAAAGAAGAACGCCAAAAGAGCCAGCCUCCAAGGACUUUUCCCUCAGAGCACGGCACCUGAAACUACUGCCACGAUCAACGCAACAAGCAAAGUCAGCACACUACCAGGGAACCGUGUCUGCAUUGUUACUGAAGCCACACCUCAAUCCUUACCAGAUCACACCGAAGUUCAAUCAUCUACCUAUUCGACAUGCCCAUCGAACUACACGAAGAAUCCUUACUUUCCUAGAAUCACAAGGUGCUAUUUACUACCUUUUAGACCAGCUCCAAAGUUCACCCAACCAUUGA